UUGGCUGAGCUUACUGCUGAAACGCUCCCCUCCCCCAAGCAUUGGCGAAACAGGAACAACUUCUCUGAAAGAAGAAAAAAAAAAGUUGCACAAGUUUGAAACGUCUUGGAGAUUUUUUGGUUGUUUGGUGUGACCUAUCCUGGUAAAGCGCGGAUAUUUUAUUGCGGAUUGCUGCUGGUGAAAAUUACAGUAAAAGGUCUAUGUAACACGGCCCUUCUUCAUUUGAUUUUACUGAAAGAGACUUUAUUAUCCUCAAGAUUAUAAUUAUGCGAAUGCUGUCGUUUGCGGAAUAAGCACAUCUUUAUAAACACGUAGGAUGGGAUUCGUUAUGCGACUCCUGUUGAUCUGCACGUAGGCUCUUUCGUGGUAGCCUAAUGGAUAAUAUUUCAUGUGCAAUGCGGACUUCAUUUAUUUGGCACAAAUGGGUUUGCGAUUGGCUGGCGUGAACUGCUGCCGAGGACGAGCGGUCUGAUUGGACAGUGUGGAUCUGUACACAGCUUUCCUUUGUCUGCUGGGGAGGGGUGAGAGGUCGGAGGUCGUGGCCCAGGGGACCCGUGGGCUUGCUCUCCUGUUGAGGCACAGCCUAGGUCUGUGAGACCUGGGGGCUGCUCAAGGUUUUGGAGUCUCCUUUGUCCGUCCCGUUGCAGUGCAGAGACAGGGAUGGCGACAGCUAUAUCAUGACCCAGAGGGACAUGCGUGCCCGCGGGCUGUGAGCUGUGGGGAGGAUGCUGGAGGUGCAGGAGGAGAGAGCAGCAGUGGCACCGCACUUCGGCAGGAAAGAGCGCCCCAAGAGCGAGGGCGCUAACGCUCAGAGCGAGCGCCGGGACGGCCCGGCCGACCGCGGCCCCCGCGCCAAGGCCCCGCCCGCGGCCGCGCCCGCCCACCCCGCCCCCCCCUCUGCCGCCUCAGGAUCUCCCUCGAUGCAUUCCGGCAAUCCCAAAGUGAGGAACUCGCCGUCGGAAAACUCUCAGAGCAGUCCAAAAUCCAAGCAGGAGGCUAUGGUGCGCUCACCGCCUGUGAUGUCUCCUUCCAGCGCUGCCCAGAUGGACUCCAAACUGCCCAACCAGGGGAAGCAAGGGGGCACUAGUGGCCAAUCACAGCCUUCCCCUUGCGACUCAAAGACGUUGGGCUGUAGCAAAGUCGCCAAAGGUUCGCCGGCCCCGUCAGGCAACCUGGCUCUGAAAAACGGGCAAGGCCUGAAUUCAACCAGCGGGGCAAAAGGGCUGAGUUCUGCCCCUGGGACUAAAGGCCUUAAUUCAGGCAGUGGAGCUAAAGGCAAAGUCAAGAGAGAAAGGAGCACUUCUGUGGAGUCAUUUGAGCAGAGGGACACAGGGACGCCCAGCAAUGAGCCUGACCAGAAGGACUCCAGGGUGAAGCGCAUGUGCGUGGCCGAGCGGAGGCAGCCGUACAGCGGGGCGGACUGGUGCUCGGGGGGCGAGAGUGAGGAUGACGAGCCGCGCUUCUUCAACUGCAGCUCCGGCGAUGUGAAGUCCCAGGGCUCUGGCUCUCUUCCCUCUUCCAAUGCUGGAGUCAGCCGGUCUUCCACCCCGUCCCACAAUGCCGUUUCUGAGCCAGCCACCAAUCAGAAGCCUCCCUCAAAAAUUGUUUACGUCUUCACCACAGAGAUGGCCAACAAGGCUGCAGACGCAGUGCUCACCGGCCAUGCCGACACCAUCAUCGCCUUCCACAUGAAGAACAUCUCCCACCGCAAGGCCGACAAACAGCACCUCCCACCGGUCGGACCCCUGCGAAAUGAACCAAAGCCACUGCAGCAGACGGCCACGGCCCCUGAGCAGAACCACCAAGGGGCCCAGCUGGCCCUGGGGAGCCCUAGGAGCCCCUCGCCCAUGGGGCCCCGGCCUGGCUUCCCCUCCCUGGAGGGCGGCCUGCCCAAGGGGAUGGACCUGAAGAUGAGUGCGCAGCACCACCAGCAGCUGGCCAAUGAGAUCAUGUCCAGCAUGGGGGAGAACGCGGAGGGGCUGUCGCAGGAGCAGCUGGAGCACCGUGAGCGCUCCCUGCAGACGCUGCGCGACAUCCAGCGCAUGCUCUUCCCCGACAACGACAAGGGCCCGGCCCCCAACCCCGCCGGCGUGGAGGGCCCCAGGAAGCCUGACCAGGGGCCCCUGCAGGCCAUGAUGGCCCAAUCCCAGAGCCUGGGCAAGCCGGGCCCCAGCCCCCGGCGAGAAGGGUCCCCGUUCGGGCCCUCGGGCCCCAGGGACAUGCCCUUCUCCCCGGAAGAGCUGGGGCCCCCAGGGCCAGGGUUGGGGCCUGGGGAGCACAUGAGCCCAGAGCAGGUGGCCUGGCUGAAGCUGCAGCAGGAGUUCUACGAGGAGAAGAGGAGGAAGCAGGAGCAGCUCCAGCACCGGCCCCUGCCCGACAUGAUGCUGCACCAGCACGGGCCCCGGGGCCCCAUGCGUGGCCCGCCUCCCCCUUACCAAAUGAGCCCUGGCGAGGUGUGGGGCCCCGGGGGGCCGGAGCCCUUCCCCGAGCAGAUGAACAUGGUCCCCCGAGGCAUGCACCCCCCCCACCACAUGCAGAGGAUGCCGUUCCCCAUGAUGCACCCCAACAUGGACGCCGGCCCCUCCCCCAUGCCCCGGCCAGGCUUGCCCUGGCCUGACGACGUGCCCAAGAUGGGAGACGGGCGGGGUUUUCCCCCGGGGCAGGGGGUCUUUGGUGGGCCCGGGGGGCGAGGGGAGAGGUUCCCCAAUCCGCAGUCUGUGCAGGAAGCCAUGUUCCAGCAGGGCAUGGGUGAGAAGCUGCCAAUGGGCAUCCCGCCUGGCAUGGCGAUGGAGAUGAACAGGAUGAUGGGAAACCAAAGAGUCAUGGACCCUCGCAUGCUGGGCGGGGACGGCCCCAUCAGCCCCUCCCGCGUGGAGCUCAUGAAGGGGCUGGAGUUUGGCGUGGGCCCUGGGAACAUGAAGGACCUGCACCUCGGCGUGAACGUGGGGCCCGGCCCGGUCAUGAUGGGGAAGCUGCGGGAGGCGCCCAUGAGCCCCACAGAGAUGAUCAGGCUGAGGCAGGGAGGGGGGCCCCUGCCGGUAAACAUGGGGCCUCAGCAGAGAAUGCUGCAGGGGCCCCCGUUCCCUGACCAGCCCCAGCCUGGGGACUUUAACUUGGGGCCAAACAGACAGUUCCCAGGGAUUCCGCAUGGGCCCCAGGGGCCAGGGAGCAUGAGGGGCCCCCGGGGCGAGCCUUUUGGCCCCGAGCAAAGAACUAACAUGGGCCGGAUGAGCCACCUGCAGCCUCUACCUCUCAACCAGGCCCCCAAUGCCCCCAAUCUCGGCCCGGGCCCCCUCCCGGCCCAGCGGGGCCAGGGGCGCAAGCCCUCGGACCUGAGCGGCCAGGCUGGUCCUGUGAACCCGCUCAAGUCCCCCCCGCUGCGCCAGUCACCCAUGCUGGGGUCCCCCUCCGGAAACCUCAAGUCCCCCCAGACACCUUCCCAGCUGCCGGGCAUGCCCAGCGGGCCCCCCGGCCCCCACGGACCCCACGGACCCCCCGGCCCUCCCGGCCCUCCAGCGGCCUCCAUCAAGUCUCCACCCAUGAUGGGCUCAGCCGGCGCCUCCCCCGUCCACAUGAAGUCCCCCUCUCUCCCUGCCCCUUCUCCUGGCUGGGCCUCUUCUCCCAAACCCCCCAUGCAGAGCCCCGGGAUCCCCCAGAGCAGCAAGCCCCCCCUCAGCAUGACCUCGCCCAACAUGAUGGCAAACGUGGAGCAAGGUGCUAAUGGGCCUCCUCCAGCUCCCUCUAACCAGCCUGGCUCCAUCAAUCUUCCAGGAAGUCUUCCAUCUGGCAGCCCGUACGGCCUCCCACCUGAGCCCACGCUAUCCCAGAACCCCCUCUCCAUCAUGAUGUCCCGUAUGUCCAAGUUUGCCAUGCCCAGCUCCACGCCCCUCUAUCAUGAUGCCAUCAAGACUGUAGCCAGUUCUGACGAUGACUCUCCACCCGCCCGCUCCCCGAACCUCCCCAACAACUGCAUGCCUGGUAUGGGAGUGAAUCACCACCCAGGCCACCCUCGGAUGGCAGGCCCGAACCCUGCUCUCAGCCCCAUGGGCCUGAACAGCAUGGGCCAGCCCGUGCCCCAUGCCAUGCCCGGGCAGCUGCCCUCACCCAACCCCAUGGGGCCCGGCAUGAUGCCCCACGGCAUGAUGAUGCCCCACAUUUCCCAGGACCCCGGGAUGGCCGGCCACCAGAUGAUGGCCCAGGGGCGCAUGGGCUUCCCCCAGCGGCAGCAGGGCUUUCCUCCGGGGCAGUCGCCCCCCCAGCAGGUCCCCUUCCCUCACAACGGCCCAGGACCCCAGGGGGGGUUCCCCCACGGCAUGGGCUACCCCGGAGAGGGGGGUCCCAUGGGCAGGCUGGGCGGCGGAGAGCCAGGCGGCCCUGAGCCCUUCGGUAACAUGCAUGCCGUGUUCGACGGCGACCUGCACGAGGUCAUCCGGCCCGGGGCCUCGGGCAUCCCCGAGUUCGACCUGUCCCGCAUCAUCCCGUCCGAAAAGCCCAGCCAGACCCUGUCCUACUUCCCCCGGGGGGACUCCUCUGGAGGCAAGCCCCCACACCCCUCCGGGCCCCCGGGCUUCCCCCACAUGCAGGGCAUGAUGGGAGAGGGCCACCCCCGGAUGGGGCUCCCCAUGCCCGGCCCCGGGCACAUGGGCCCCCAGGACAUGCCCAUGGGUAACCCGGGGCAACACGGCAUGCGCCCGCCGGGCUUCAUGCCCCAGGGCAUGAUGGGACCUCAGCACAGAAUGCUGUCGCCAGGGCAACACGGCAUGAUGGGCGGGCCCGGCAUGAUGCAGGGCAAAGAGAGGGGCCCGCUGUACAGCCACCCGGGGGCCCUGGGCUCGCCCAGCAUGGUGAUGUCGCUGCACGGGAUGGGCGGCCCCCAGCAGACUAUGAUGAUGGCUCCCCAGAUGAGGCCCCGCGGGUUGCCGGGGGACAUGGGCAUGGGCUUCAACCCCGGGCCCCCAAACCCCGGGCCCCCAAACCCCGGGAACCUCAUGUUCUGAGCUGCUAAACGAAACGACACGCGACGCCACGUUACAAAGUACACAAACACGAGCAUCACGUGAGAAAUACAGGCAUAACGAGAGGAGUGUGAGGCUUGUUGGACCGGCGGUUGUGUGGGCCUGCGGUACGCAGUCUGCCCCUCGUAACGGCCUGUGUGCACUGCAGUCUGGGUCUGACCCGCUGUCUGGAUGUAGACAGAACCAAUCCGGUUCUUUUUAAAAAACAAAACUCUUUGGGUUAUUUCAUUUCAGAAACUUUAGAAUGUAUUGGAUAAAUCUACAUCAUUUGCUCAAAACUUCCUAGAAUAUUUUUGAUCAAUUUUGUUCGCACUCUGGAGCUGACCGUAGAAAAACAUGAAUAUCAAAAAUAUAGGACUGCUCCAAGGGGCCCAGUCUCCUGGUCCUUUCUUUUUUUCUUUUUUUACGGAAAGAAUUAUUCAAAAAAGCAAAAAAAGUAUGAAAUGGCAGUCUUCAUUUUGUCAAAAUGUUAACCAUUUCUGAUGUAUGUCCACAUCUCGAUCUAUUCCCUCCAGAAAUAAAAACUCUUUGUAUUUGUGUAUUUUGUGUAAUUGUAUUGUAAAAGGGAUUUUAAUUGUGCCUUUUUUUUUUUUUUGGCUUUCGAUCUUUACUUGGAUUGAGGGGAGGAUUAUGUUUAAUAUGGAUGCUCUGUUUAACUUUUUUUUCCCCUUUGUUGCUCCAGUGUACAUGCCAAAUGAUGACCUCAUACAGAUAAUGCUAUUAUCAAAAAACAAAGCACAAUAAUUGAUUAACUAAAGGAGGUUUAAGGACUUGGCUCUUGUAUUCGAGAGAAACACUAUGGAUCCACAAAAUGGCCGUGGGAAUCUGUUGCACACCAUUGUGCUCACUGGCUUGGUGGUUUUAUUUUAAUUUUAAGGGGGGCUUACAGGGUGUCACUAAGUACUACACAUCUAUUUGAAAGCCGGCUGUGUCUCUCGGUUAAAUAAUUGGACAAGAAAUAUUAAAAUUUUUCUUUUAUUAUUUUCAGAUUUUACACUAUUAUACUCAAGUCUAUCCCCCAGGUGUGCAACGCAACCAGACGCAGUCUGGGUUUCAAGGUCAAAUCUACAGUUUUGUUAUAAAAAAACAAGAAGGUGGGAAAAAGACUCAAAACUAAGGAGAAUAAUGGUCGUUUUGUUAUCUCCCUCCCACUCUUGUGUAAAUGUGUCGUGUGUAACUCCAUUGACUUGGUACAGAACCACUUCCCAGGGCUAUGCUGUUGGAAGGCAAAUAAAAUCUAUUGUUUGGUAUAAA